AUGAUUGAGAGAAUAAUUCCUGAUCGGUUUUUUGAUGCAGCAAAAGACCUUGAUCAAGCAUUAACACAUAUUGAAGGUGAUGAGAAAUAUCGAUUAGUAUCAUUAACAGAAACAAUUGAACCAAUUAAAUCACUUCUUUACAAUGCUGAUUCAAUGGUUGAAAAAGCAGAAGGAAAUUUUCGUGAACCAACAGAUGGUUUAACUUCUGAUGAAUUAGGUCUUCUGAAUAUAAAUAAAUUAACCACAACAAGUUGUGUAUUAAUAAAACAAUUAUUUCAACCAGGAUGUGAAUAUUUAUUAUCAUUAUUAAGUGCACGUCUUCUUCAUUUUAAUUUACUCUAUGAUGGUGUUAUAUCCUACGAAACAGUUCAAGCUAUACGUUAUAAUUUUCCUUAUUUAAAAUCUUUUUCGGCUUGUUUACCUCAUUUUGAAGAUUUUCGUGAUGCAAUUUCAUCAUUUAUCCGUCAUAUGAAAUCACUUCAAUAUCUUCAUAUUGGUCUGAAAGGUGGUAAUAAUGAGAAAAAAAUUUGUCCACAAGAUAUAUAUGAAUGCUUUCAACGACAUGAUAUUUCUUAUGAAUUUAAAUUACAUAUCGAUACAUGUACAAAUUCAAUACAUAUUUGGUUUACACCUGAACGAUUUCAUUAUGAACUUCCUUUUGUGAUUCAUUCGUUAUUAUCUCAAACACAAUUACCAAAACAAAUUCGUAUCUAUUUAUCAUCUACUCUUGUAAUUAUCAGACAAAAAAAUCUCACAUUAAGACAUUUAAAAACGUAUAUAAAACGUUUGGAUUCAUCAAAAAUUACUGAGAAAUUAUUUAAUAAAUUAUUACAAAUUCGAUGGGAAGAAGAAGAUUAUGAUCCGACGAUGAAGUUUCUUCCAAUUAUUAAAGAAUUUCAAUCGAAAUCACAAGCAAUUAUGAUUUGUGAUGAUGAUCAAUAUUAUCAUCCAUAUACUUUAGCAACAUUAAAUAAAUAUUCAACUAAAUAUGAAAAUAGUAUUAUUGGUCUCAGAGAUUGGCGAGUUCGUGAAGAUUUGAUUUGGAGUCUUGAAGGUAAAUAUGAAAUAGGUUAUCAUGUUAUUGAAUCUCAUUAUCUCUCUGAAGUUUAUCGUGUUGGUGUUCUUACUGCAAAUCAUGGUUAUUUAAUUCGUUCAUCCUUUUUUUAUUUUCAUAUUUAUCAAGAUUUUAAUCAAGUUUCUGAUGAUAUUCGUCAUGUUGAUGAUAUUUGGUUAAAUGGACAAGCAUCAAAAUUAAAUAUUCCUCGUUAUGUUAUUCCAUCAUGUUGUUCACAUAUUGAAGUUACUUGA